AUGGCCACGACGAUGCGAGCUGCCGUCUAUGGUGAGUUUUCUGGGCCGAUCAGCAUCCAGGAGGUGCCAAAGCCUUACGCACCGGUGGGAGGGCUGCUCCUCAGAGUCAAGGCCUGUGGUGUUUGUCGUUCCGACUACCACGGCUGGAAAGGUCUCGACAGCGACAUCGUGCAGCACGGUCUGCCUUUCACGCCGGGCCAUGAGUUGAGCGGUGUGGUCGUGAAGCUGGGGCAGGGCACAACCAAGUUCCAGGUGGGCGACCGCGUGGCGGUGCCUUUCAUCCUAAGUUGUGGAAACUGUCGGCAGUGCGCACGCAGCCGACCCACCAUUUGUGAGGGUCAAGCUCAGCCGGGCUUUACCUUCCCUGGCGGCUUUGCCGAGUUUGUAGCGAUCCCGCGAGCCGACCGGAACUGCAGCCUGAUCCCACCAAAGGUCUCCUUCGUGCAGGCUGCGGCCCUCGGCUGCCGGUUGACCACAGCAUUCCGAGCAGUCAUGCAGCAGGGCCGCUUGAAAGCCGGCGAGACCCUGGCAGUUUUUGGCUGUGGUGGUCUGGGUCUCUCUGCUGUGAUGGUCGCGCUGGCUGCUGCAGAGAAUGUGCGGGUCCUUGCCGUGGACCCCAGCGAGGAGGCGUGCAAGAAGGCUCUGGAGCUCGGAGCCUGGCACGCUUUUGAUGCCAAGGAAGGUGACGAGUACGUUCGAGCCAAAGUUGCCGAAGUCACCGCAGGGUUUGGUGCGGACGUCACCGUCGAUGCCGCGGGCUUCGCAAAAUCUUGCGAAAACGCCGUUUGGUGCACAAGGCGAGGUGGUCGCAUGGUCCAGGUUGGCUUACCGCAUGGCGAGGAGCCUCGCCUGCCCAUGGCGCGCGUGGCAGGGCUGGAGAUCGAAAUCAUAGGCUCCCACGGGCUUGCGGCGACGGACAUGCCGCUGCUGCUUUCCAUGGUGGCCGCCGGCAAGCUUCAACCGGAGAAGCUGGUGGAGCGCGAAGUCAACCUCGAAGACGGCGCAAAGGCUCUUGAGGAUAUGGAGAAGGGCUCGGCCCUAGGCAUGACGAUGAUUACCAACUUCAAGGGCAAGGUUGUAGUUGACCCGGUGGAUGGCUGCUGGUUGGGGAGGUGCUCACCUGGCCAGGGGCAACUUCGCUCAGCUCCCUUCGCUGCUGAGAGCUUCCGGGCUCUCAUCGACAAGGUCUACAAAUCAGCCUCGACGGUAAGAGGAGGCGUAUCCUCGCCGCAGCUGGACCGUGCAGAACGCGGCUUCAGCUUCCGCAGCCAGGGCCCGCUGGACAUGCGGAUGGACCCGACGGAUGCCACGCUUCGACCAGCAGCCUGGUACGUGGCCAACCUGCCGGAAGAGGAACUGGAGAAACACAUCAUCGAGCUGGGUGAGGAGGUGCAUCUGCUGAGCAUCCAGGGAGUUCAUGCCAUGACCUGCUGUGAAAACGAGUUGAAGCCGUGA